CCGGAAUAAAUAUCGAUAACGAUAUAAGAAAAUUGAUUUCUAUAUUUUUGUGAAUUCGGUAAAUUAUCAAAAUUACAGAUUGGAAACAUUGGUUAAAAUGGCUUCCGCAGGAAAGAAGGGCAAAAAGAAUAAAGGAACAGUUAUAUCAUUGCAAUCAUUUCUAUGCAAUUCUGAUGCACCAGUCGGAACAACCCAAGUCUCAAAAAAAAUACGAAAUUUAGAUGGCGAUGAUAGCGAUGAUGGAAGUGGUACAUUGCCGUUGGUUUAUCAGCUUCCGACCGCUCCGAGGGCAAAUCGGAUAUUUGACGAUAAUUCUAUUCCUCAUAAAGCCCCAUUUAUUGCUUAUAUCAAUAAUUUACCAUUUGACGCAAAUGAAGAUGACCUCUACGAGUUUUUUGAAGGUAUUAAUUUAAUAUCUCUGAGACUACCCAGAGAAGAUGGCGAAAAUGGUCGUUCCAGAGGCUUUGGCUAUGUGGAGUUGGAAAAUCGAGAGGAUUUAAUUCACGUACUUAGUUUACCAGACCCCUCUAUUAAAGGUCGCCGCAUUCGCAUUGAGUUAUCGAAUGAAAACGACCAGCAAAGCCGACAAAAAAAUAAUAGGCGGUUUGAUGGCUUUGGUAAUAAUGGAGAAAAUAGAGAUUCCGGAAAUUGGAGGCGAGAUAGCCAAAACAACGGCAGUAACUUUGGUUAUUCUUCCAAUUUUGAAAGAAGCUUUAAUAGAGAGAGAAAAUCUUUACCAGAUAGAGAUGAUGUGAACACUCCUGGAUCUUGGCGCACGAGCGCAAGACCGCAAUCUAUUGAUACUUCCCCUACACGGAGAGAAGUUGACCAAGUAUCUGAAAAAUAUCGCGAAGGUCGGGUCAAAAUAGCAGACAGAUAUUCUCGAGAAGAGACAUCCAAAGUUGAAGAAAGACCAAAAUUGAAUUUAAAACCAAGAACCUUGCCAUUGCCAGAUGUUAAGACAAUUGAAAUCGAAAAAAAUGACGUUGAUGAAUUUAAUUUGGAUAAACAAGGCGGAACUUCAUCAUUAAACGUGUUUGGGUCUGCAAAACCGGUAGAUACAGCAGCAAGGGAGUUGGAGAUUGAGCAAAGAUUGGCUCUCGCUCGAAAACAGGAUACGGGUCGCCGAGAAGAGGGUUUAAAUGAAAAACUUGCCGAACUCCAGGUGGAUAAAAAUGAUAAUGAAAGUCCAAGUGCAACAGUUAGUUGGCGCACGAAUCAGGACUACAAGGAAAGCGACAAAAUUAAUAAGUACCCAGGUGAAAAACAGCGUGACGAAGAAAUCCAUAAAUUGAAUCAUGCCCGAGGCCAGUUUAACAGGUCGGAAAUUUUGAGAGAAAAAGCUAACGCGAACGGAGAGAGCAAAAAUUUGGAGGAAAGCGAAUUCAAACGAGAUUGUCGCAAUGACCGUUCUGUGUCGAAGAAAACUUCUCAAAAUGAACUUGUUUUGCAGACAUCUAAUAAAUAUUCUGGACUCGACAAUGAAGGAUCGGAAUAAUAUAUUUGUGUUUCUUAAAAAUAAAUAAAAAUAAAGAAAAUAUAUGAUUCUA